AUGCCAUUCAAACGUUCAGAGGACCGGUUAUCCAAGCGUCAUUUCGACGACUCUCAGAGACGUGGUUAUGCUGUUGCAGACCGUUGGCUAAUUCGACCGUCAUACCAGCACCCUAAUAGCAAGCCGAGCGAAGCCGACCUUCAGUCUCUUAAGCUAGAAUCAUUACGCAUGAUGAACUUUUUAAAGGGAGACUCGAAGGACGAGUCAUGUCGAAAGGAAAAAUCAAGCUCUGUUCGGCCGAAUGACAAGGAUCUAGAAUCCGGAACAUCGACCCUUAUUGAACAACCGUCUACGAUCGUGCAAGAGAGCACUGAAGCCGAACAGCAAGAGGUAUCGAAAGAGUCAGAGUUGCCGGCGGACAUGCAGACAGCAGCCGCAAUUGAGAGAAAUGACAAGACCGAGAAGGUCGUAUUCGACCAAGGCCCGAUUCCGGACGGCGAGUACGGAUGGAUCAUACAACAUGAUACAUACCCGGGAGCGUCGGUCCAGUAUGCGUGGGUCGCGGGUGUCGCAGUUAGCAGCGCGUUCUCCAUUUCCCCAUUCACCAGCUACCUCUGCAAGCGACUACCACUCCGAGUUACCCCCAGCUUUUCCAAACUCUAUCGUGAUCCAUACUCUUCUCUGACCAAUGCGUUCUUAUACAGAACUUUAUGGCGACUCAGCCACUCAUCUCUCAAUGGUUCCAAACCCGCCGUGCAUUGGCCAUGGGUCUCAGCUCUGCUGGUGUAG